UCCCUUUUUAACGCCCCCUCAGAGCAAGCUGAGGGGCCCAAAGGAGGACGUCCCCGCGAGUUCUCCCUCCGGUCCUGAAGCCUACCUCCAGGAUGAAGAAAAUUUUCAACUUCGGAAAGAAGAAGGAGCCGUCUUUUUCUCACCCCUUCUUUAAGAUGCAGAAUUACUUUGAAGAUGGAACACCAGAUCUCAACCCAGGAUAUGUGAUCAGGAACAAAAACCAUGGGAAGCUCCACAAAGCUGCUUCCAUCGGGGAUGUGGAGAAAGUGUAUCAGUUGCUGCGGCUUGGGAAGCACAACUUGAAUGAUCGAGAUAAAAUGAAGCGGACACCUCUUCACUUGGCCUGUGCUAAAGGCUAUCCAGCUAUUGUAUUUCUCUUAGUAGAGAGAAAAUGCAAAGUAGAUCUGUGGGACAAAGAUGGUCGAACACCUUUAAUUAAGGCAGUACAGUGUCAGGAGGAGGAAUGUGUGACAAUCUUGCUUGAUCAUGGUGCAGAUCCUAAUGCUAGGGAUAGCAACAAGAACACUGCACUUCACUAUGCUGCCUUUCAUCAGAAUGUAGACAUGGUAGAAAAACUGCUAACAUAUGAAACUAAUAUCGAAGCAAAAAACAAGGAAGGCUUUACACCAUUUAUGGUUGCAGUUGUAAAAAGAAGCUAUGAACUGGUAGAAUUUUUUUUAAAGAUGGGAGCAAAUGUGAAUGCCACCAACAACAGUAAAAGAACAUCCCUUAUGAUUGCUAUCACUAUGCACUCAAAGGGCAUAGUCAAUCUUCUUUUUCAAUACAAUGUUGAUCCCACUUGCAAAGAUGCUGAUGGACUGACAGCUGAACAGUAUGCUAAGUGUUUUAAUUAUCCACUAUAUAGUUAUCACUCUCUAAUUGAUGAACAAAAACUACAAAAGGAACAGCCCUGUUCAUCCCAAAUUAGCGGCUCAGAGAAGGCUUCUGGUACUCGAUUUCCUUUGGGUGGAUUUGCCUUGUUCAAAGAAGCAGAAGAAAGUUCUACAGAAGAUCCUAUAAUCAGAUUCUCUAACAAAUCAGGGCCAAGCACAGAUGAUGAAUUAGAUUUUCAUAUGGUGGAAUACAUAACAGACUUAGAGGAAGAAGAAAACAAAGAACUAGAAGAAGAAGAAGAAGAAGAAGAAGAAGAAGAAGAAGAAGAAGAAGAAAAUCUUCAAGAAGAAGAAGAAAAUCUUCAAGAAAAAGAAGAAGAAGAAAUUCUUCAAGAAAAAGAAGAAAUUCUUGAAGAAGAAAUUCUUGAAGAAGAAAAAGAAGAAGAAGAAGAAGAAAUUCUUGAAGAAGAAGAAGAAAUUCUUGAAGAAGAAGAAGAAGAAAUUCUUGAAGAAGAAGAAGAAGAAAUUCUUGAAGAAGAAGAAGAAGGUUCUACUUGCCUUUGGGAAGAUAAUGCAGUCCUUACAAGUGACUUACCAACAAAAAUUAAAAAAUCACAAUGGACAAGAAAUGUUAUGCAUUUAGAAAACACAAUUAGGGGACUAAAGGAAAAAUUCAGCAGCAAAACUGAAUCUCGACUAAAGCAUCAAAAAGUAGAAUGUGAUAGAGACCUCAGAUUGCAAAGUGAAAAACAAAACAGAGAAAAACAACAGAAAGAAAUUAAUUACUCUUCCUAUGCAGCUGCAUGUGAUCAACUAUCAAAACUUCAGAAAAAACUAGAUGUGUUGCUUCUUUUAAAGCACCAAACAAUAUAUAAGAUUGUCAUCCUAUCACUUCGGCUUUCUAAAAUUGAAAAUGAGAUAUACCAACUAUAUGAUUCCUUGAGAAAGAGAUUUAUUUUAGAAAACGCAAAAAAAGAAUUAAUCCAGAUCAAGAAUAAACUAAAGGAACUUGAAGACAAACAUCAAAUACAAAAGGAAAAAUUGAAGAGACCAUUUCUCAAAGUGUCCAUGCAAGAAAUAUUAGCUCAAAUACAGAGGGAAAUUCAGGUGCUUCAACAGCCAUCAGAAGAUGCCCAAAACAAAAGGGUCUUCCAAGUAGCUAUAUUAAGUGAUGUUGGGGGGCAGUUUAGGGAUUGCUCCAUGAUUCUUUAUGCUGACUUUCAAAAACAAGAUUGUGUGACAGAAAAGAGAAAUAAAAAAUCACUUGAUGAAUAUAUCCACUUAAGAGAGCAAAUCUGUAAAUAUGAAGAUCAACAGGCAGAUACAGAGGAUAUCAUAAAAAAGCUUCAAGAAGAACUCGUAAUGGAUUCCCCAGAAGAAAAACUCAUGAAUUCACAAGAACUUAAGUCAUUUUAUCAAAACCUUUUGAAUUUGGAAAAACUAAUAGAGAAAUUACGUCAAAGCAAAAGAAAAGAUAUCAUAAAAAAGCUUCAAGAAGAACUCGUAAUGGAUUCCCCAGAAGAAAAACUCAUGAAUUCACAAGAACUUAAGUCAUUUAAUCAAAACCAUUUGAAACUGGAAAAACUAAUAGAGGAAGUACGUCAAAGCAAAAGAAAACUGAAGGAAUCUCAAAAACAGAGCAAAUCUCAAGAACCAGCUGUACUUAGAAGAUUAUAA